CUCAACAUUCAUUUUGUACCUAAUUUAUAUUUGCAGUUCUAUGUUUCUUUCUUUAUCACGUGGAUGGUUUUGCAUGACCUAUGAUGCACUUCCAUCAUGUAUUGGGCAGAGGCUGCAUGUGCUUCUGAAAGAGCACCCUAUUGUUUCCAUGGCUAAUAUGAGAUAAUCAUUCAUUUUGUUUUCUUACCAUUUUGAGAAAUCUUGUACUUCUCUGCCUACCUUUCCUCCCAUGUACACCAACUGUGGUGACUGGUGUGAUAGACACAAUGUAGGAAGGACUAUAUAAAAGGGGUGAUAUACUUUAAAGGUUGGAAUGCCAUUCACUCCUCUCCCUAAAAUAGCCGGCGCAGUUUCGAUUCCCUUUUUCUCAUCAUAGACACUGGUACUAGUAUUUAUAGCAAGCUCUAGUUUCUCUUAUGCUGACUAAAUGCAUGUUUGAUUUCAAAUAUGGGAUUUCAAAACAUUUGUACUCGUUUGAUCUCUCCCAUUUCUAUUUGGAAAUGUUUUGAGUUACCAUGAGAGCACAUCCUCACGUUUACACCAUACAUACAAUUUACUGAAUUCUGUCUUGUUUGAUUACACAAUCAAAACUACCUUUGUUUUAAUCUUUACUGAAGUUCCCUGAGUUUGAUUUGCAGAAUAUGUCCAACAGCAAACCAGCACAAGACGAUGAUGCUUCUUACAUGUCAAGCAUUCUGGCUUCUCGCAUUAUCUGGGCUAUGCAGGCAACAAGGAGUUACCUCCGAUGGUCUGAUGAUCUCCAUAAGAUCUUUGUGGAGGCUGUGGCUUUCCAAGGAGGUCCCUAUGAAGCUAAACCAACUGCAGUGAAGGAGACGAUGCAAACCAUGGGUGUCACCGGCAUUACGACCCAAAACAUCAAGAGUCACCUCCAGUACAGGGAGAGUUUCAAUUCAGGAGCUGGAUCUCUUCAAGAUCAUGAUGUUCAGGGCACCAUUUCUCCAAGCAAGGAAGCACUUGAUCUGACAUCCGAGAUGGUUAGGGACAAUGAUGCCAUCCUGGCUGAAAUGGAGAUGGUGAACAAUAUGCUUAUGGAUGACAACAUUGAGGUGGUGGAGACCAAUAUUUCUGUGGACGAUAUGCAGGACCUGAUGAAUGAAAUCAUGCUGAUCGAACACAAUGACACUGGGAUUAUUUCUGAGAGUGCUCUCGACGAGUAUAUGGAUGACUUGGCCGGCUACGCUUUCGACCUUAUGGACUCUACAACAUAGAAUUGUGGUGAAAACCAAAAUAUAUUUCGGGUAGAAUUGAAGGGAAAUUCCUAUGUUCCAAAGCGGUGCCUUUGUUCUCUUUACCUGUUCGUUUCUCAUUGAAGUGACAGUGGUAGUGUAUAAUUUUUUAUGUUUAGCUUUCUAUAA